AUGAGUAGCCGAGCGAGCAGGACUCUCUAUGUUGGCAAUCUGCCGGGCGAUAUUCGCGAGAGAGAAGUCGAAGAUUUAUUCUUUAAGUAUGGACCUAUUGCACACAUUGAUUUGAAGAUCCCACCAAGACCCCCUGGUUAUGCCUUUGUUGAGUUUGAAGAGUCUCGCGAUGCUGAGGAUGCAAUUCGUGGUCGUGAUGGUUAUGAUUUUGAUGGGCAUCGUUUAAGGGUGGAACUUGCACAUGGUGGGCGUGGACAUUCAUCCUCAGAUCGCCAUAGUAGUCAUGGUGGUGGUCGUGGCCGAGGCGGAGUAUCAAGGCGCUCUGAAUACCGUGUUGUAGUCACUGGGUUACCUUCGUCUGCUUCAUGGCAAGACCUUAAGGAUCAUAUGCGCCGAGCAGGAGAUGUAUGUUUCUCCCAAGUGUUCCGUGAUGGUAGUGGCACCACAGGAAUUGUAGAUUACACAAACUAUGAAGACAUGAAAUAUGCAAUUAAGAAACUUGAUGACUCUGAAUUUCGAAAUGCAUUUUCUCGAGCAUAUGUUCGUGUGAGGGAAUAUGAUUCCAAACGGGAUUCAUCCAGGAGCCCUAGUCGCGGUCGAUCUUAUUCUAAAGGCCGCAGUGAUAGCCGCAGCCGUAGUCGCAGCCGUGGUCGAAGUUUAAGUCAGAGCAGGAGCCGGAGCAAGUCUCCUAAAACCAAAUCUACACGUCGGUCACCUGCAAGGUCUCGAUCGAGGUCUGUUUCUCGCUCUCGCUCUGGGUCAAAGCCAUGCUCUCUAUCAAGAUCCCGUUCAAGAUCAAGAUCUCCACUUCCACCUCGUCAGAAGCAAAAGCGCAGUGUUAGCAGGAGCCCCAGUGGCAGCAGAAGCAGAAGCAGAAGCAAGAGUUUAUCACGGUCUUGUCCUUUUCUGCUAAUUUAUUCUUUGGUUGCUGAUAUGUGUAAGACAUAUGUUUUGAUUGCCGACCCUUUGUUGUACUCAAGUAUUGACUUUGAUAAUUGCAAAUUUGUUGGCAGGAAAGCUGAAAGCAUGUGGUUUGAACUUUUGAAUGAAGAAAGUAUUAAGCGAACAGGAAAAGAGUCAUGA